UAUGGACGGCUUCGACGACCUCCUCAACCCGUCGCGCGUUGCGUUGGAAGACAACCCUUUUGCGGACCCUUUUGCUAGGCGUUCGGGCUCUCCUGAUCCAUGGGCUACACCAUUUGCGAGUCACGGUUCCUCAGAUGCCUUUGGAGGCAGCUCCUCCGCAUUUGCGUCCCCAGAGCCAUAUGUGCCCGCCCCCAACACAUUUGAAUCGAGCACGAAUACUGUGGAAGAAACUGCACCUUCAGACCCUCUCGAUUCUCCAGCGCAAUAUGCUGAAGCUGACGAAGACAAUGGGCCUUUGGCGAAGCAGCGUUCGCCAGGGUUUCGUGAAAGCGUUCCAACAACCCCAGCAAUAACGGGCUUUUCAGAAAUUGCCACCAUUCGACCGACGGAGAUCGAGGAGUUUCCGACGGCCUUGCCAACCCUCCUCGAAUCGUCCAGCUCGAGCAACGCGCUUCCGAAGGCAGAGAAGGCAGAGCAGACAUCCACCUCGACGACUGCGGUUGAAGCUCGGAAGCCGCCCUCGCGGUCAAAUUCAAGCUUCACAUCGCCACCCGUUUCGAGUACAGCGUCGGCAUUCAAGUCGCCUUUGGAUCCUGCCUCGACUGGUUUGGAACGGCCGAUAGCUGGACUGUCGUUAGGAGGGGAGGCCUUGGGGGGAUGGCACACCGACGACACAACCCCAUGGCAGUCGGAGCACUUCACUCCUGUGCCUCCGAAGACUGCACUGGUAGUGGACGACGAUAGCGAUGAUGACAAGCCUAUUUUGCAGACCCUCCAGAAGCAGCAUACUGGGUCUCAUAAGCCCCCAACUAACGACAAGGGACUACAACCGGUGUUCGUCAUCUCAGUGGAUGACCCACAGAAAGUUGGAGAUCCAAUACGUUCAUUCACUAUGUACACCGUCCACACACGGACAACAUCCCCGCUGUUCAAUAAAUCCGCCUUCUCCGUCCUCCGACGGUACUCCGAUUUCCUCUGGCUGUAUGAGACGCUAUCCAACAACAAUCCAGGCGUGGUCGUACCUCCAGUGCCUGAAAAGAACACAUUCGGUCGGUUCGAUGAUCAGUUCGUCCGACAGCGGAGGAUGGCACUGGAAAAGUGUAUCCAAAAGACGGCGAACCACCCAGUUCUAGGGAAAGACCCUGAUUUGAAGCUCUUCUUGGAGAGUGAUACUUUCUCUCUUGAGAUCAAGCACAGAAAGGCCGAACUCGCUCAAGAACGGAGUGGUUUAAUUGCCUCGAUUGGCCAGAGCAUCGCAGGACCGCGGUUUUACGAGACAGACGAGUGGUUUGAUCGACAGAAAGUCUACCUAGACAGCCUGGAAUCUCAACUGAGAGGCCUCGUCAAAGCCAUCGAACUAGUCGCAAAGCAGCGUACAGAACUGUCUGUUGCAACGGGUGAAUUUGCGCAGCAAGUUGCCGACCUCUCUGCAGCAGACGUUGGCAAGCAACUUGCGCAAUCUCUGUCUGGCCUGGCGGAUAUCGAACGGAAGGCCCAAGAGUUGCAAAGUACACAGGCAGAGCAGGAUAUGUCUACUCUGAUGGCAACGGCGGAUGAGUAUGCUCGUCUUAUCAACUCUGUCAGGCUUGCGUUCAGUUCACGGAUACGUGUCUAUCAUGCAUGGAAGAACUCUGAGGCCGAGCUACUACGAACGAAGCAAAUGCAUGAGAAGAACAGGGCUCAGGGUCGUAUUCCUCCUGACCGCCUUGGGUUCUCUUUGACCCAGAUUGCUGAGGCUGAACGCCGCGCAUCGGAGGCAAGGCUCGAGUACGAACAGGUUUCUAAGCUAGUGAAGACGGAGACUGCGAGGUUUGAGCAAGAGAGGAUCCAGGAUUUCAAGGACACAUUGCAUGCUUUCUUGGAGGGUAUGAUCUCGCGACAGAAAGAGUUGAUCUCUGCCUGGGAGAGCUACCAACAAAUGCUACUGAAACGAGUGGGAGGCGGUGGACCACCUGCUGCACGAGCGGCAAGUGAGUCCGCAACACCUAUUGCAUCGUCUUCAAGUUCAAUCAUGUGGGGGUCGUA